UACCUGACUCUUGGGAUUUUUGGUCACAUUUGACACCAACAAUAAUUUAAACAAUUCACAAUGGAUCUGAUAUCAGCAGACGUCGAAUCUCAAUAUGCAAGAGACAAGAAUCUCAAAAAAGGCGACAUAGAAGCACUUUUAGAAUGGGCGAAUAAACAAACGCAUCUUCCAAAAAUUAAUGAGUUGCAAGCAAUUCUUUUCCUUCACAGUUGCUACUAUCGAAACGAAGCAGCUAAAGUAACCAUCGACAAUUUUUUCACAGUCAAAACAACGUCUGACUUGUUUAGAAAUAGAGAUCCUUUAUCUGCACCAGUUCAAAAUGCUACUAGUGCUACCCUCUGCACUAGACUUUCCAAAAAAACACCUAAAGGCUAUAUAGUUUACUUAUUCAAGCUGAUAGAUACAAACCCAAGUAACUUCAAUUUUGAGAAUAUAGUUAGAUACGCCGAUAUGGUUAACACGCUGGAACGAUAUCAAUAUGGCAUUUCCACGGGUCUCGUGAUAUUGCUAGAUAUGACAGGAUGGUCAUUAGGACACACUGCCAGACUAGGUCCCCUCGCGUUAAAAACGUUUUUCUUUUACUUGCAGGAAGCCGUGCCUGUAAGACUGAAGGAAAUACAUUUUCACAAUGCAGGGCCAUUUAUUAACACACUUAUGAAUCUACUUAAACCUUUGUUGAACAAAGCGACAGCAGAAAAGAUAUCUAUACAUCAGUCACUUGAUAGUUUAACAAAAUUUAUACCUUUAGAAUGUUUACCUGAAGAUUAUGGUGGAUCAGAACAAAGUAUCUUCGCACUACAUGCGAAAAUUAAAAAGGAUCUCUUAGAAAACAAAGCGUUGUAUGAGUGGGAAGAAACGCUCAUUUUGGACGAAAAGAAAAGGCAAAGUGGCAAAUCAAAAACUAUUGAUACUUAUGGGGCCGAUGGUACUUUCAAGAAAUUAGAACUUGAUUAACAUGUUAAAU